CAAGAGCUUUCUUUCAUCACCUUUUCUUGUUUUAUUUCCCUGAAGUGAAAUACUCUCUUCGAAGAGAAGGUCAUUCCUAGGAUAUCUUGGCUGACUCUUUUAAAAAAACUCCCGAAUGUUUUUUCUUUUCUUUUUUCAAAGAUAGUAUGUGACGUCAAGACAUUUUCAAAAAGGGCGAUGCUCUUGGUUGGUUCAAGGAUACAUUAAAGCUCUCUUGCUAAAAGGGAUUUUCUUUUCCUUUUUCCUUUGCAUAUUGUUUUUUGGACACAGUAAGUAUGUUCAACUUCCCUUGGAAAAUCUAUCUCUGCAUCUUGGUUUUGAGAAUGAUUGAAGGAGAUCUUCAGAUUGUUGCAGCUUAUUCAACUGUGGAAGAAACCCAGGCUAAAGGUGCUUUACCAGCCCCUCAACUUGGUGGCUGGCAGUUAGCAACCCCUUCUCUGUCUCCUGAAUUGAAAAAACCUAAUGGCAUGUCAGAGCCUGAAAAGGUCAACAGCCAUUUGUUGCUUCGAAGGAAGCGAUCUAUUCUGUUUCCCGGAGUUAAGAUCUGCCCUGAUGAAUCUGUUGAGCAGGCUAUUGCCAACCAUCUGAAAUACUUCAGACUCAGAGUGUGUCAGGAAACAGUCUGGGAGGUCUUCAAGACGUUCUGGGAUAGACUGCCAGAGCGUGAAGAGUAUCAUACCUGGAUGAGCCUAUGUGAGGAAGGAACAAUGAGUAUCCUUGAAAUAGGCACCAACUUCAGUCAGUCAGAAGAGCACCGGAGUCUGAUCAUGAAGAAACUGUCCUAUACAAAGGAAGCGAUGGGUGGCUCCUGCACCGAAUGGUCAUGUGGUACUGGGACUCCAACUCCAGCUUCAACUACUGAUGUUACCACAUUGAGAGAUGCAGCUGCCAACGUUCCUCCCCCUCAAGGAGUCUCCAUUGAGAGUCCUUUGGGCAGUACUGUCCGUGAGAUCCAAGAUGCAGACACUGCUAUCAAUAAUGAGAUAAAGAAGGAGGAUGAGCAGCUACUGAAACCUGUAACUGAGCAGAUCAUUGAGUUCAGCAUCAUGAUUGUUGGAGAGAAGUACAGUGAGGAGCUGAGUGACCCAGCCACGGAGAAACAUCAGCUGCUCUCAGAACAAUUCAUUGCACAGAUCCAAAAGGCAUUUGAAGGAUUGCCUGGGUACAAAAGCAUCCAUGUGCUGGAGUACAGCUCUCCUGAGGAGGACAGCGGGGUGGAAGUCCACUAUGCUGUAACAUUUGAUGGAAAAGCCAUCAGCAAUGCCACCUGGGACCUGAUUAACCUUCAUUCCAACAAGGUGGAGGACAACUCCUUUAUGGGCAUAGAGGAUAAUCCAACAGUUGUUUACACCAUCAGUGAUUUCCAAGAUUAUAUUGCUGAAAUCCUCCAGAAAAAUGCCUUGCUUGUAAAUGCUUCCUUGACUUUGGACCCUAACUCUCUUCAACUUAUUAAUAUGAAAGAAAUCAUACAGCCUGUGGCAGAAGACCUGUCCUGGAUUACUGAGCAUCCCGUUGUGUUGGAGCGCCCAGAGUUUGAUGAUAACACCUUUGUGGCUGAAUGGCCUUCAGCAGAUGAAUCAACUGCCAGCAAUACCUUGCCGCUCGACUUCACCAAACCAGAUUUCACUUCAGGUAGUGAACAGUCCAAUGACAAUGAAAUCCAGCCAAAGCCUGAAAAUCUGGACUCUGAGGUCAGUUUGACACCUGAAGCUCCACUCUCCCCAGAGGCUGAUGUCACUUCUUUGCCUGAUGGGCUGAAUUUAGAGGAAGAGAAUCAGACUCCCCAUUUGGUCACUCCAUCAGUAUUAGAGCACGAUUCUGUGGACUCUCUGGAAUGGCUUUCAGUCCCACAUUCUUUAGAUGGGCUUGAAGAUACUGGACUAUCUGAAGACUUUCUUCUGCCUUCAAGUGUCCCUUCUCACCUCGUGCCAAAGAAAUCUUCAUCCACAGAUGAUCAUGUAGUUCCUCUCCUUUCUGCACCAACAAUGGCCUCUUCAUCAGUCACAGAGACUGAUGCUAAAGGAACAGUAUUGGCUGAGAAGGAAGAAGUAGCUAAGGGUAGUGCUGCAGACAGUAAUAAUGCAGGCUCUGUGUCGCAUGAGUCUGUGAAAGAAGUUCCUUUUCCCUUAGAAGUAGACCCUAUGGAAGGUGAAACUGAUAUAUACCUUGGAGAUAGAAUUAUAAAUGAUGAUGGGUCUGGUUCAGCUUUUGAUGGUUCAGGAAAAGAAAUGGAAUCAAAUACUUGGCCCUGGGAAGUAGCAACACUGGAACCAGUGUUCUACCCUGGUCCUGAUAGCUGGCUUGAGGAUGACAAUGAGUCUCUGUUAAUCAGAACUGAUGAUAUUCCUGAAGGCCUGAUCUUGGAUUAUAUUCUUAACUCUAGGAAGAAAUUAGAUGAUGAUCCUUCUGCAGAUGAGAAUGAAGGUAUGACCAAUACCAACGUAAGAGAAGACUUCCUGGAUGAGUCUGAAAUAUUUGUCUUUCCAGAGACUACAAUUCAGCCUGUUCCUCUGUUACAGACAGAAGAGCCAACAUCUGUGGAAUCAUCUACACAGAUGGGAAAAGCGGCCAUAUAUGACUCUUCUUUUGUUAAACCAUCCUUUGUUUUGGAGCCUUCAGUGGAUUAUUCCUCUGUAGACAUGCCACCUGGAGAGGCCCCUGUCUCACCCCAGGAUACAGAUAUGUCUGUAGAAGAAAAUCUUCUUGUAUCUAAAAGGACCCUCAGUGUGGAACAACCUGAACAGUUCAGUGUGGGUCAGAAGAUCAUUUCUGAAGCAGAUGAACACCAAAAUGAGGACAGGCCAACAUUAGAAGAAUUAUCCACAGCAGGGCAGUUGGAUGUAGCUGAAGCUGUUACAAAAGGCCACUUGGACACAAGCUCUUUGGAAACUAUUCUGACUGCAGAUCUUUUCACAGUAAAUACUGCUACUUCUACAAAAGAGCAGCAAACCCAAGAUUCACCCGUGACAGGUCAAGAAGCUACUGGAUCAAUGAUGAAGACACUAGCUGACAUUUGGCCUACUGACAGAGCACUGGAGAAGACAUUAGAUCACAAAGUGCAAUCAGCAAUACCAACUGUACUUCAAGUUUCGACUGUAAUUCCUUCUGUAAUAUAUCAGACCACUAUUUUAGAGGACUUCGUUGGACAGGGUGACACGGACUAUGACACGCAUGUUUCCAGUAGCACUGGCACUGUUAUGAAUUCAUAUGCAACAGUGAGAGUAACAACAGACACUGUUCAGCUUCCAUCCCAUUCCCCUCCUAUGGGAUCCACGGUACCAUCGUCUAUGGCUACCUCAACAAACCUGGAAGAUGAAACAACAACAGUCUUGGAUAUUUCAGUGGAGCUGGAUCAUAUGAGCAGUGUCCACUCUUCUCCUGAGCUGAGUGAGGAGGGAAGGAGCAUAACUGAGAGUCAUGUGGAGCUAACAACAAAUGUCCAGUCCACAGAGAUGGCCAGCGUUGCUUGGCCCACUCAUGAAAAUCACGAUAGUACUCCUGUCCCAUCACGAGCUCUAGUGGUGUUCUUCAGUCUUAGGGUUACCAACAUGAUGUUUUCAGAGGACCUGUUUAAUAAAAAUUCUCCUGAAUAUAAAGCAUUAGAGCAACGAUUCUUGGAACUGCUGGUCCCCUACCUUCAGUCAAAUUUAACAGGCUUCCAGAAUCUGGAGAUCCUGAACUUCAGAAAUGGCAGCAUUGUGGUGAACAGCCGAAUGAAAUUUGCCAAACCCGUGCCUCGGAACGUCACCAAUGCCGUGUACAUGAUCCUGGAAGACUUCUGCAACACUGCAUAUCAUACCAUGAACCUGGCCAUCGAUAAGUACUCCCUGGAUGUGGAAUCGGGCGAUCAAGCAGAUCCUUGCAAAUUCCAGGCCUGUAAUGAGUUCUCCGAAUGCUUAGUAAAUCGCUGGAGCGGGGAAGCAGAGUGUGUCUGCUAUCCUGGCUACCUAAGCAUCGAUGGGCUGCCAUGCAACAGUGUUUGUGAUCUGCAACCCAACUUCUGCCUGAAUGAUGGGAAGUGUGACAUAAGCCCUGGACAAGGGGCUAUAUGUAGGUGUCGUGUAGGAGAGAACUGGUGGUACAGAGGGGAGCACUGUGAAGAGUAUGUGUCUGAACCACUCGUUGUGGGUAUCGCAAUUGCUUCAGUGGCAGGAUUCCUUCUUGUGGCAUCUGCUGUAAUCUUCUUUCUGGCCAGGACCCUUCGAGACCAGUACACGAAGAGUGACACCGAGGACUCACUGGGGCAGGGUGACAGCCUCUCAUCCAUUGAGAACGCAGUUAAAUACAACCCCAUGUAUGAAAGCGAUACCACUGGCUAUAGCCACUAUUAUCGGAGAUACCCCCAGCUGACAUCCUACAGUUCGACCAGUGCAGAGACAUCCACUGAGUACAGCAGUGAAGAGAUAAGGCACAUUUAUGAAAACAGCGAGCUUACUAAGGAGGAAAUUCAAGACAGAAUUCGAAUUAUAGAGCUGUAUGCUAAAGACCGUCAGUUUGCAGAGUUUGUUAGGCAGCAUCAAAUGAAGCUGCUUUAAGAAAAAAAAAAAAAAAGAAAAAAGAAAUCAGUAGGAAGCAUGCGGGAGAUAAAGACUACCUUGUUGCCAUAGCAAUGGGCUCAGAUGUAACUGCAAAGUUACUUACAGUCUUAACAUUGCAUGGAUGGAUACAGAUGUUUUCUAAAUGAAUGGCUAAAUUGUAUGAAUGUCUGUUUAUCUCGAUUACCUCUGACUUUUCUGCAUAAAGAGACAUUCCUACGAGGUGAUCAGAAGUGGCAGAGGUUAUAAAAGUUCAUUUUACUUUAAAUCUGAAAUGGACAGUGAAAGUUUGUAUACCAAGGCAAAAAGUCUCCUCAGGAAAGGAGAAGAUAUAUGCACAAAACUAAAAAUAAAAUACACAUUUAAAAUCCCUGUCUGGCAUUCUUCCCCUCACUGGAGGCUACUGUAAUGAUUUCACAAGUAUAAGGUUCUAGUUGAAAGAAAUACUUGGUUUGCACAUGAAUGAUUUGUAGGCUAUAACUAUUCUGCUAGAAUAAUGUUAGUAUUAUUUUAAAGCAUUCCUAUUAUACACACAAAUAUAACCUCAGUGGAAAAAUCAUCUUACACAGCUGCCCUAUUUAGCUUUUGUCAUCUGACAUUAGCAAAAUAGAACAUUUAGCUCUCCUAAAUGCUCUCCCCCAACAAUAAGCAACACCUCUGACUUUCAGUGACCUCAUCUGUCACCUUAGCAAGGUGGGCCAGUACUUCUACAAUACAUCGUUUUUAAAACCAAGAUGGUUGGUUUUCCAGCUGUUCCUGACAGACGCACAACAUGGGCCCAAAAGGGCUUCUUCUAGCAGUGUUCUGGAAAAAUUAAGUGACUAACAUUGACUUUUUUGUAUAUAGACAAUGUGUUGGAUUUUUAUAAGUUAAUAUAAGUUAUUUCUUGUCCAUUUCCUUGUUUUUCAUAAUGGAUUUAAUUAUUGAAAUAGAAGGGUGCAUAAUUUAACAAUGAAAUACCACAGUGGUACUUGCACCUAUCUUUUUUAAAACAUAUAUUGUUUAUUCAAUAUUCAAUUCAGCCAAUUAAUAUCUGAAUUUUCUUUAUUGAACUGAGCCAUAGCCUGCCAUCAGCUCUGUUUCAAAAAUCAGGCUGUGGUAUUUAAGUGCGUGCACAUUUGGAAGAUGGCAGCAGUUUUUAACAGGAGGGAAAAAACAUGAGGUUCCUCUUGGCUUAGUGGAAGCCAGCGUAGAAAUCUUCAAACAGGAGAAGCCAGCCUGAAGCAUUUUAAAAUAGCUGAAUUGAUAUGGAGAACUCCUGAGGUUCAAAAACUGAAUUUUGUUUUGAAGUUAUGAAGAGAGUGGGGUUUACAUGUUAAGGUAUGUUGGAGCUUUGGCAGUCACCAAAUCUCUCAUUUAAGGCAUUAACACUGCUGCUACAGUUAAGAGUGCUAACAGUCUCACAUUGCCUCUACUAGCAAACAAGACUUAUUUAUUUAUUUUUACAAAGAUAAUAGUCAACGGUUCUUGGCCUGCAUGUGCCAACAGCCACCUGAUACUUUUUCAAGUUAAGUGAUGGUAAGAACUACUUACUGUCCACAGGCUGCUGAUCUAAACAGGUUAAGAUUUCACUGAGUUCUUCUAUGCGUUCUGGAGGACCUCAGUGGAUCACCUGCAUAGCAUCCUCUUGCCUUGAGCAGCUGGGAAUGGGGAUCAGCGCCAUCUGUCAAACAAAUGCUUAUAUGAACCAGUGUAAAUAAGCCCAAAUACCACAAGACUGUGGAAAGUAAUUGUAAUUAAUAUCUGCUUAAUAUCACUGUGAUCAUAUGUUGUGAGACAGAGGUCAGUGUGCUGUGUGAUGCAAGGACUCUUACAGCAAUGCAAGUCCUCAGAGCACCCCAGUCCCUCUCUGCUCUUGCAACAAGAAGAAUGAGCUGGCCUGUUACACCAACGCCUUGUGAUCAUCAUAACUGUACAGUUUAGAAAUGUAUGACUUGUUUCUGUGCAGCUUGGCUAACUAGCUUCUGCUAAGAAAUGGUGCAUUUUUCAUGCGGUGUGUGGCGAGGAAGGCUAUCCCCUUCCACCCAUGUUUUCCCAUUUGCUCUAUUUACAGCAUGAAAAAAGCUUGGUUAAAAUUGGAAAUUUGCGCACUUGUAUGUUAUUAAGGUUUAUAUUUAGUGGAGUAUCAGUCCUUUGUAUGAUAUAAACCAAAACAGUGUGUGUCAGCUGGGAUCUUGCAUACCUUAAAUAUAUUCUAAUAUUUGCUGUGCACAAGCCUAGGAGAGUCUUGAUCACACUGAGUAUGAUGUAUUUCAGUGUAUAUACAGUGAACUUUUUCUCUGUGUGUGGGGGUAUACACAUAUGAAUAUAAUGGUAUCUUAUUUUCACUGCAAUAAAAAAUUCCAAA